GGGAUUACACAGGGUGAUCUGGAGUGAAUCGAACAUGUUGAAUAUACGAUCACGCUGAAUUUACAGAACGUUUGAGGUACAUAAUACCUCAUUACGCACUUAAUAAGUGGUUGCGCGCAUAUAAAUUAGAAAACAGUUAACCAUGAUACGAAACUGGAUGAAUUUAAAUCAACGCGGCUUACAAUUGGCCGAAGACUUCUUCAUCAGUCAAGCGCGACGCAUAAAAGAUCGUGUUAUUCAAGGACGCGCGUCAGCAGUCUUACGAGUUUCAAAUCGUAACGUUCAUUUUACGGCCACAUGUUGCACGCCUAAACUCAAUAUGCCAAGUUUAAUCCAAAAGAACCUGUGGGAGACAGACCCAGAACUUUUCGAAUUGAUGGAAAAGGAGAAGAAGAGACAAAUGUCAGGUCUUGAGAUGAUUGCUAGUGAGAAUUUUACAUCUCUUAGUGUACUUCAAUGUUUGAGUUCUUGUCUUCACAAUAAAUACAGUGAAGGUCUUCCUGGUCAAAGGUAUUACGGAGGAAAUGAAUACAUCGAUGAAAUAGAAUUACUGGCACAAAAACGUUCUCUAGAAGCAUUUAAUUUAAAUCCAGAGGAAUGGGGUUGUAAUGUACAACCAUACUCAGGCAGCCCAGCUAAUUUUGCUGUAUAUACAGGUUUAAUCGAGCCUCAUGGACGUAUAAUGGGAUUAGACCUUCCUGAUGGAGGACAUCUUACUCAUGGCUUCUUUACAGCGAACAAAAAAAUUUCUGCAACAUCAAUAUUUUUUGAAUCAAUGCCAUAUAAGGUCAAUACUGAAACUGGUCUAAUCGAUUAUGAUAAAUUAGCUGAAACAUCAAGAUUAUUUAAGCCUAAAAUUAUAAUAGCAGGUGUAUCUUGCUAUAGCAGAUGCUUAGAUUAUAAGCGAUUUAGAGAAAUAGCAGAUGAAAAUAAUGCCUAUCUAGUUAGUGACAUGGCUCAUAUAUCAGGAUUGGUUGCUGCUGGAGUGAUUCCCAGUCCAUUCGAGUACAGUGAUGUUGUAUCGACUACUACUCAUAAAACUUUAAGGGGACCCCGAGCUGGAGUUAUCUUCUUCCGUAAGGGCGUUAGAUGUAUUGGGAAAGAUGGGCAGAAAAUUAUGUAUGACAUAGAAAGUAAAAUCAAUCAGGCAGUCUUUCCAGGAUUACAAGGUGGACCCCAUAAUCAUGCAAUCGCAGGGAUUGCUACAACAAUGAAACAAGUUAAAUCAUCAGAAUUUCUUAAAUAUCAGAAACAAAUAGUUGCUAAUGCAAAGAGGUUAUGUUCAAGACUUCAAGAACGUGGCUAUAAAAUCAGUACUGACGGUACUGAUGUACAUAUGUUAUUAGUAGAUUUACGGUCUACGGGUAUUACAGGAGCUAAAGCAGAAAAGAUUUUGGAAGAUAUUUCUAUUGCCUGUAAUAAAAAUACAGUACCAGGCGAUAAAAGCGCAUUGAAUCCUAGCGGUAUUAGACUCGGUACACCGGCGCUAACUACUCGUGGUUUAAUUGAAGAAGAUAUCGAUAAAGUUGUUGAUUUUAUACACAGAGGUUUAUUACUUGCUAAGGAAAUAUCUAAAAUUUCUGGUCCAAAGCUUGUUGAUUAUAAGAGGGUGUUGAGUACCGAUGCUGAUAUUAAACUAAAAGUGGCAGCAUUAAAAGAAGAGGUGGAAACUUUCUCUAGACAAUUUGUCAUGCCAGGUUAUGAUACAUACUGACAAUAUACAUUAUAUUUUUUUUUGUUAUACAAACGUACGUACAUCAAGUAUGUACAUCGCGACAUUUAUUCAUGGACAAUUUUCUAAAAUGAUCAGAAAUACCAUAUUAGUUUUGUUAUCGAUUAUUUGACAAGGAAUAUAGAUGUAUAUAUGG